AUGGGGGGUAAUCUAACAGUGUCUAGCAAAGAACAACAUGGUUCUACUUUCACAUUCAUUCUGCCAUACAGGGUCUCAAUUGCUUGUGAUAGUUCUGAUUACUCCGAUGAAUUCUCAGACAUGGAGCAUAACGAAUCCGUUUCUGAUGAUACAACAACAGAAGGUUUCUUCCAAUUCCACACAAACCGAACUCACAAGCUAUCGCCACACAAAUUCAGUGGAUUUUCCGAGAGUUCAUUCUCAUUUCCCGCUAUUUCUAAUGACAUCAUAUCAAAAGGGACGUGUUCUUUCGAUGACUCAUCUUCAGUUGUUGACGCCUCAGACAUGUCUGAAUCAGCUAGUUCAUCUAGUAAUAAACAUCAUUUGUAUAACACUCAUGCAUGGAGAAGUAGUAAAUCAGAAGUAACCCAAAUCCAUAUCUAA